AUGAUGGAGGAUUUCUCUGGUUUGGCUCUGCCUCCUCUAUUUGGAGGACACAUCCUGGAGGCAGAGCUGGAGCCUGGUGGUGUGGAGCUGGGACCAGGAGAGGUGGAGCUGGGCCCGGGAAGCAAUGAGCUGCUGGAGAGUACGGCACAGGAGGAUGAAGAGAGAAGAGCGCUGGAUAAGAGCAAAUGUCUGGCUCUGAACAGGAGAUGUAAAGAUAUUGAACAGGUGAAUCAGAAGAUUCUAGGUCGUCUUCAUCAAGUACAAAGAAUUACACGGCGCGUGAAGAAGGAAAGAUGGUUUCUCAUGAGGACUUUAGAUGGUCAUGGGGAUGACUACAGAAACGCCCAGCUCACGAUACUUCUAGAGGAUGAGCCCGAAGCCCAUUUAGAUCCUGCGUCUGGAGUGGAGGAUGAACGGCUCAACGGUGUGUCUGGUUCCACUUUGUCAGCAGCAAUGCCUCAUGCUGCCGGACCGAAGAGGAGGAGGCACCGAAUUCCACGGCAUGAAAAGGAUAAAGACCAACAGACUGAACCAGACAUGUCAGUGUUGUCAGAGACACAGUUUGGAGAAAUGCCCAGCCCAACUUCUCUGUCCCACUAA